UAGAACUUCCUCACUUCCAACUCCAGCAUGAUAAUUUGGUAAUUUCUGCCGCCCUUUCACCCAAACACAAUGUAUUGGCCUGUGUCGGCGAUUCGGGCGUUGCACAGCUAUGGGACACAGAAGAGAUUGAAUCCUAUCUAUCACCCGGCCAGCCAUGCAGCCAGGAGGAUUACAACACGAUCGCAGAACACUGUCGCCUCGAGCACACAUAUGACCUGUAUUCCGUCGCACUUUCACAUACACACAAUGCACAGGUGUGCAUGAGCUGUGGAGGUAUGUCUAUUCAGCCAAUCGACCAGCCGUUCGACCUUGAGGAUGACAACUCCCUUACCGAACGCCAUCGCUUCCACAACCUGGAUUCCGUCGCACUUUCACCCAAACAAAAUCUGCUGGCGUGUGCGGACGACGACAGUAUUGCAAAGCUAUGGGAUCCACUAUUCCGUCAACCACAACCACUCGGCCAGCCAUUCAGUCAACAAUUCAGCCAGCCGUUCAGCCAGGAUGAUAGAAAAACCCUUCUGUGUGUAUCAUUCUCUCAGGAUGGGAGAUACAUCGCAUAUGGCGGAUACGACAACAAAGUCACUUUGUGGAUGGUGAAUGAGAUAGCCCCGGAGCUUCCGGCACCACCACCGUCUUGCCUUGAAGCCGAUGCUACACAAUUUCUCACAGAGGAGGGGGGAGAUGAUCCAUACAGCGACUUUUUCCAGUCGUCCCAGCCAUAUCGUCCUUCUGCACCAUCUGGUCCAUCUCGUCGUUUCCAGGGUCUCUACCCAUCCUCUGCUCGCCGCCUCUGGAACCUCCUCAUCCCUUCUCGACAUCGCCUGACAGCAAGUGGGUCCAUUGGGCUGCAACAACGCCCAAAGCGCAGUCACACGAGCCCGCAGCCCGUAACAGUCUCUGCCGGAAGAAAAACAAAGAGGGUCUACAUAGCGCGCCCCCCUGCGAAGAAUGAUGCUCAGGCUAGUCAAUCGUCCUCAUCGACAGCUCAGCCUGUGGCGCAGCCACACCCGACGCCACAGCCACAAUCUCACCAUCAGGUACAGACGGCAACACAACAACCUCAAGAAGAAGACUAUGGUUGCUGGGGCAAUUUUUGCCUCGCACUCUGGUGCAUCCCACGUCGCACUCGUCCGGCUGUCUCCGCUGCUCAGCCUGCUGCCUCGUGAUGUAACUUUUUCUGUCACUUCCUGUCCUGUAUCUCCAUCUAUGUGCAAUUUCUUUGGAUACGCGAUUUUCGCUUACUCUCUUGCUUGGUUGUAACAUGUUAUUUUUGUAUGGGCACCAGGGCAGUCUGGAGCAGUCCCUCCGUUGGUGUGCCAGGGGUCCUGGAGGCGCAGUGGCUGGAGUCCAGGUUUGUUACAGUUGUGAUAGAAUAUAUUCUAGAACAUCGCCUCCC